UAUUAAAUUCAGGUAAUACCGUUUGGAUUUUGUUGUUCUAUUAACAUGUGCAUGAGCGUUGUGUAGUUGGAGAAUGAGAUUUCAUGUUUCGACAUUUCGAUAUCAGUUACUGAUUUCGAACAUUUCGCCAUUGAAACCCACAACCAGAGUUUUCCACCAACCCAUCUUCUCCUUCAACUACUCUUCAAACCAUUCGAAGUUUCAUUCCUACUUUUCUACUGGGACUCCGCCGAAACCUCAUUUGGUUUAUGACUCGGGAAAAACCCACGGAGCCAGUAAAUCUCUUGUUCCGUUCAACACCCAGAUCACCAAACUUGGAAGAAACGGUGAUAUCAGAGAAGCUGAGUCGGUUUUUUUCGGUAUGCCGAACAGAAAUAUUGUUUCUUGGACUGCCAUGCUUUCUGCGUAUGCACAAAACGGAGAUAUUGACAGUGCACGGAAGAUGUUUGAUGAAAUGCCUGAACGAAGUACUGCUUCUUAUAAUGCCAUGAUAACGGCUUAUGUUCGGAAGAAUUGUAUGAUAAAUGAAGCUUUUGAGCUGUUUUCUGGGAUGUUUGAGCGGAAUGCAAUCUCUUAUGCUGCUAUGGUUACGGGUUUCGUGCAAGCUGGGAUGUUUGACGAGGCUGAGAAGUUGUACUUUGAGACCCCAACUGAAUUGCGAGAUCCGGUUUGUUCUAAUGCGUUGGUAAGUGGCUAUUUGAAGCUGGGGAGGUUGGAAGAGGCACUUUGUAUUUUUGAUGGAAUGUUGGUUAGGGACGUGGUUUCGUGGAGCUCCAUGGUUGAUGGGUAUUGCAAAGCAGGAAGGGUUGAUGAUGCUAGAUAUGUAUUUGAUAAGAUGCCUGAUAGAAAUGUGGUUACUUGGACAACUAUCAUUGAUGGGUACAUGAAGAGCGAGAAUUUUGAAGAAGGGUUUAAAAUGUUUCUGAAAAUGAAAAGGGAAAGAAGAGUGGAAGUUAAUCCCAUUACUUUGACUGUGAUGUUUGAGGCCUGUGGCAGUUUGUCAAAAUAUGAAGAAGGUAUUCAGAUGCAUGGGUUAGUAUCACGAAUGGGAUUGGAGUUUGACGUCUUCUUAGGAAAUUCUAUCAUUACCAUGUAUUGCAGAUUUAGUUGUAUAGAUGCAGCUAGUAAGAUCUUUCAUAUGAUGACCAAGAGAGAUGUGGUCUCGUGGAAUUCCUUGAUUGGUGGUUAUGUUCAAUGUUCUGAAAUGGAAAAAGCUUUUGAAGUUUUUGAGAGGAUGCCUAAGAAGGAUGUAGUCUCUUGGACGACUGUGAUUUCAGGAUUUUUAAGUGAAGGGUUGACUGAGAGAGCCGUCCAAUUGUUUGGAAUGAUGCCCGUAAAAGAUACUGUUUCUUGGACUGCUAUGAUUUCUGGCUUUGUUAAUAAUGAGGGAUAUGAAGAAGCUUUCCGUUGGUUUACUGAGAUGCUGGGCAAUGCUAUCAAGCUUGAUCCAAUAACUUUGAGCAGCAUGAUCAGUGCUUCAGCUGGUUUAGCAACUCUAAACCAAGGAUUGCAGAUCCAUGCUCUGGUAAUAAAGAUGAAUAUGGAGUUUGAUUUGCAGAUCCAAAACUCUCUAGUCUCAAUGUAUAUGAAAUGUGGAAGCUUUUGUGAUGCUUGGCAGGUUUUCAUGAAUAUUGAUUCACCAAAUACUGUUUCUUUUAACUCGAUGAUUACUGGACUUGCACAAAAUGGUCUUGCCAAAGAAGCAUUAAAUUUAUUUAGCAAAAUGCAGAAUAAAGGAUGCAAACCAAACCAAGUUACCUUUCUUGGUGUUCUUUCAGCUUGUGUCCAUGUGGGAUUAGUAGAAGAUGGGCGGAAAUACUUUAAAUUGAUGAAAUCUUUGUACAAUAUUGAAGCAGGGGCUGACCAUUAUGCUUGCAUGGUUGAUCUCCUUGGUCGAGCUGGCUUACUAGAUGAAGCUAUGGAGUUGAUCCAUUCGAUGCCCUUUGAGCCUCAUCCCGGAGUUUGGGGUGCCCUUCUUGGAGCAAGCAGGACGCAUUUACGUCUUGAUCUUGCAGAAGUGGCAGCUCAACGACUUUUUGAAUUGGAACCUGAUAAUGCAACUCCUUAUGUGGUCCUGUCUAACUUGUGUUUUGUUUCUGGGAAAAAAGAUGGCAACGAGCUAAGGAUGACCAAGAAAUUGAAGGGGAUAAGGAAGAGUCCAGGUUGUAGCUGGAUUGUGGUGAAGGACAAGGUUCAUUUGUUCCUUGCAGGGGAUCAAUCUCAUAUGGAGAUAGAACAUAUUAAAGUUGUACUCUCAAUGAUAAUGAUAGACAUGAGAUAGCUGCAAUUUCAUGGUUAAGGGCAGCUCAUUCUUCAACUUGAAUGCGUUUUACUUGAAUAUGGAGGUCUUACAAGCUAUAAUCAACUUUUUUCUUGGGCUUUCUUUGGCAGGAAAAUGAAGUUCGUCAGUAAAACGUCCAUUAGUAGGUCUGGGUUUAGACCUCCAAACUCUCCUGGGUACUUUUCUCAUUUCUCAACUAAUUAUGUUAGAAUCACAAGUAAAUAUUGUAUUUACAUGUAUAUAUAUAUAUAUGUAUACACGAAAAAAAAUUAUAAGGAUUGCUGCAAUAACCCUAGAGGGGUGCUUCUAACGGUGGGGUCUAUAGUUUCUUCUCACAAAAUCCAAAGUUUGACUCAAUUCUUUACAUCUACAUUACAAUUGGGUCUAUAUUUUUAACAUGCUUUUUGGGUGGAAUUCAUUGUUGAAUGGUGGUGUUAUGUGCUUUAUUUGUUUAUGACAUGUUGAACUCACUGGGCAUUUUCUGCUGUUUAAUUGUUGUAUUACUAUGAAGUUGAGUUUUCAUGGUGCCAAAGUAGUCCACCUGUCAUUUGCUUAUGUGAAUUCUUUAUCUUGAUAAUUCUUAGGUAGAGGAGAGAAUAUUAAAUCAAUGGCACUUACUGAAGAGCAUACAAGGGACAUCUUUGAAAAUCUUCUCUUCAGUAUGCGUCUGUUCAAAGAACUAACAGGCACAUAUCCUCAAAACAUAACAGUGGUGAGCUAUGAUUUUAAGGCCGAGAGAUUUUCACAACUGCAUCGAUCUGCAUUAGGCUUUCCGGAAUCUAGAUUUUUCUUCUUGGGCAGCCCAGCUUCCUACCUCAUCUGCGAGAGCAGCUGCUAAGAAAGGAGACCCACAUGGCUGUCGAGGUUCACUUCUUCGAAACUAGGACGUGAUCCUUUUCACAGAACAACCCCUUAUCCUGAUGGUUGUCCUGAGAUUGAAGGACUUUGCAGAUACUGUGGAACUGAUCCUUAUCCAGCCUCACUUCCAUGGGCUCAGUAAAACUCUUACUUACCUUUGAUCCUUGCAACCUUAACAAAAACAAUAGUUUGGGAGCUUUGGAUUACUUUGUUGGGUUCAAAUCUUUAAUUUUAGAAGAAAUUAGAAACAUUGGUUAGAUGUAUCAUAUCCUAAAAGGAGAAGAAUUAUUUGACUUGUCAUGGCACUAUGAAAGGCUGAGGUUUGGUCAUAAUCUUAAAUUUGGAGUAUUAUUAUGCAUUUAAACACUUUUUUUUUUUGUUUCAAUAUUGAUGUGAAUGAAUUUGUACUUUUUCAGCA